CUAUUUAGGUUAGAGGAAAAAACAAACUUAGUACCUUAGAUUCACUCUUCGAAGAUGUUUUAUGCUCACUUAGCUUUAACUAAAAAAGGGAAGUUAGCAAAAGUAUGGUUAGCUGCUCAUUGGGAAAAAAAAUUGAGUAAAGCACAUGUGUUUGAAACAGAUAUUCAAUCUACGGUAGCAAACAUUAUCUCUCCUGAGCAAAGAAUUGCUCUUCGUACCUCUAGUCAUUUACUUUUAGGAAUUGUAAGAAUAUACUAUCGUAAAACAAAGUAUUUGUUAGCUGAUUGCACAGAAGCACUUAUAAAAAUUAAAAUGUCAUUUCGACCAGAGGCUGUUGAUUUACCAUUAGACAACCAAAAAGCUCCAGUUUCUGCAAUUACUUUACCAGAGUUUCAAGAGUGGGAUGCUAUGAUAGAUAACUUAGGAAAGUUUGAUUACACACUUAAUUUAAAAAAAAAUCAAUGCAGAGUUGAAGACAUUACAAUGAAAGAAGAUUCUAUCAACACUAAGCGUUUUCUUUCUGAUGACAAUUUUUUUGGGGAUACACCUUUUGGAGAGACUAAUCGAGAAGUGAUGCGAGAUGAAGAUACUAUCAAUCAAUCAAUAGAUUUUCAAGCAAAUAUAUCCAAAUUAGAUGAGACAGCUAAUAAAAGCUAUCAACUAUUGACAAGCAAAAGCAUUAGAGAUCUUGAAUUAGAUGAGUCAAUGAUGAUUGAUGAUGGAGGAUUUGGACCUGGAGAAGGCUUAGAUUUUCUUGAGGGUAUUGGAAUGAAUGGUGAUAAUAUGACAGGUUUGAAUGAAGUUCAAAUUACAGGUCUUGAUGAUUUGGAUAAUCAUGUCACAUUAGACUCAAUUGAUACUACUAUUACAAAUAUGAAGAAAUCUUUGGAUAAAACAAUUGAUGCUGUGGAAAAUAUUGGUGCUAUGAAUCAAGAUGAUAGUGUUGCCCAGGAACAACCUACAGAACUUGCUACUGGUGUAGAGAGUACUAUGUUUACACGUGACAUUGAAGCUUUAGCAUUAGAUCCUAUUGAAGAAACAAUACAAGGCAAAGAUAAACGUCGUAAACGAAAGCGAAAGUUAGUUAUAGAUGAUGAAAAAAUAAUUGAUAAUGCAAAAAUGAAAGCCCAAUUAAAUAGUUAUGAAGAUUUGGUUAAAAAAGCUACAGUCGCCCCUCCAACUAGGAUGAGAAUGACUUUGUUCGACAGCUCUGUAAAGACUCUGUAUAGCCUUCCAACGUUCUUUAAAUUUUCAAAAAAUUUGCUUAAGAUAUACACAAGAAAUUUGACUUCAAGCGUUCCUGAAAACCUUAUUUUGCCAUCGUCGCAAGACGACGAAGUUCAACUGGAAGAACCUACUGAGAUUCUUCGUCAGUCUAAAACACUUGAUCAAUUGCCUAACAUAAACGAUAUAACUGAUGUCGAAAAAACUAUUGACCAGGAAGAGUAUAUAAAUGAUUUCGUUCAACAAAUAAAUCCUGAGGUAGUAGACGAAGAGUUCCCUGAGUUACUCCAUGUCCCUCCGCCAUUUAUAGAAGAACCUUAUAAAACGUUUGACGAAGAAAACAUAACUAAAGAUUUUGAAGAUGAAGACGAAACAGAGGAAAAGCAAGACGAACAAAUAAUGAAACGCUGGACAAAACGUUCGCAGCAAACAGUUCAUUUAUUGGCGAAAUGUAUGAAGAAAAGUUCAAAUGUUAACUUUAAAGACUUGGUUAAGAAUUGCAAUCGUAAACAAGCCGCAUUGAAAUUUUAUACAUUAUUAACAUUAAAUAAAGAAAAAGCAAUUACAAUUAAGCAAGAAGGACUUUUUUCUGAUAUAAUUAUUGGAAGAGGUGUAAAUUUUAUUGAAUGUUCAUAGAUAGUAAUAAAAUUUAAAUUUUCAUUACGUUUCAUGUAAUUUUUAAAUGUUUUAUGUAUUUGACGUAACAUAGUGUAAAGCUCUUAUAUAAAUGAAACUUAUUGAUUAUGGAUUAUUUUUAAACUUGGACAAACAAAAAUUUGAAUUA